CCGUCACUUCCGCCCCCGCUUCCGCCCAGGGAAGAUGGCGGAGGAGCCGGAGGCUGUGCUGCCUCUUCCUCCGCUCGCUGCUGCUGGCGGCGAAGGACUCCCGGAGGGCUCCCCAGAAACAGCCACUCCGGAGCCCCCUUCUUCCGCUGCCGUCUCCCCGGGGACGGAAGAGCCUCCUGGCGACACCAAGAAGAAAAUUGACAUCCUGCUGAAGGCUGUGGGAGAUACCCCUAUUAUGAAAACCAAGAAAUGGGCUGUAGAGCGAACAAGAACCAUCCAAGGACUCAUUGAUUUCAUCAAAAAGUUCCUUAAGCUUAUGGCCUCAGAACAGUUGUUUAUUUAUGUGAACCAGUCCUUUGCUCCUUCCCCAGACCAAGAAGUUGGAACUCUGUAUGAGUGUUUCGGCAGUGAUGGCAAACUGGUCCUGCAUUACUGCAAGUCGCAGGCGUGGGGAUGAACCACAGCGGGAAACAGCUUACUACGUAAAGGGACUUCGCGCAGGGGAAUCGGCUCUGUGGCCUGCCCAGCAUGCCUCUCCUGGGACCCUAGUUUAAGCAUAAAAAGGGCCGUAGAUUGGGUGGACUCAGGAAGAUGUGACCAGGGUGAUGCACUGACCAUCCUAAAAGACUGACAAGAGUGUGCCCCUUGCUCCACCCAUCACGACUGUUGUGGCUUCUGAUCUGCCUUCAACGUAGAAAAGGAGAUUAAGAUGUUGCAAGGUUCUUCA